CGUGCGUGAGUGAGUGAGCGAGCGCGGCGCUUCCGGCCCGGCUGCGCGGCGUGGAGCUGAGCGGGGCGAUGGUGCUGCUGGAGAGCGAGCAGUUCCUCACGGAGCUGACGAGACUCUUCCAGAAGUGCAGGACUUCGGGGAGCGUUUUCAUAACGCUGAAGAAAUAUGAUGGUCGAACAAAACCAGUUCCACGCAAAGGCCACGUAGAAAGUUUUGAGCCAGCAGACAAUAAGUGUCUUCUAAGAGCUACUGAUGGAAAGAAGAAAAUCAGCACAGUGGUGAGCUCAAAGGAAGUAAAUAAAUUCCAGAUGGCGUAUUCUAAUUUGCUGAGAGCUAACAUGGAUGGCUUGAAGAAAAAGGACAAGAAAAGCAAAAACAAGAAGAGUAAAGCAACGCAGUGAUGGACAGUGUCCUACCAUCACUGUAAUAGACUUGACCCUUGCUCAAAGCAAAGUCCAUUUCUUUUUGAGUUACCACUUGUCUUUGGCUUUUCUUUUCCAGCAGGAUACUGGGAUGUGAUCAGUACUUUUGUUUAAAUUGAAAGGCAGAAGGUGCUUUCUGUGGAUUGUUGUAUGGCAGGAGUAUUUACAAGAUUUUACCAGAAUAGCUUUACACUCGUCUGCCAACUAGUUUUGUACUUAUACUGCUGUAUGUUUUGUAUUAUACAAGUGGGCAGUGCAAAACCCAUCUAGGGAAUAACGGGUGAAGAGUAAUGCACAGCACCAUGAGCAAAGUGAGACUGGAACAGGAGUCUUGGUGACAGAUGCCCAGUUUUAUAGAUAAGCCGCAGUAAUACCAGGGAAAGCAGGUGCCAACCUAUUACCAGGAACAGCAGCUUUCCUGUUUGUCUUAUUUUGAGGGACUUGUUUACACGAUGCAGUACAGAUGUCUGUAAGGCAGCCAGAAUGUGUUUGAGCUCCCACAGAGCUUAGCAGCUGUGCCUUUUCUCCAUGCUGACCCAGCUGUGCUGAGCCUGGCUUGGGGCGGGGAGGGCAGGGCAGGAUACUGCAUCAUGGUUCCUUCAACAUAGCUUAAGAAUGCUUGUGUCACCUGAGCGUUUGUUUUUUAAGGCUUCAUCCUUCAACAUAUUCAGGGAUCUGGAUUUCCCCAUUUUCACAUCGUAAAGUAACUCCUUCAUAUGAGCAGAUGUAAAAGAUGAAUACUUACUUGUUCCUAUUAAACACAAUGAGAAAUGGAUUUAGUUGUAACGACUGAUGUGACUUGUCUGGUGAAUGGCUAGGAAUUAUCCCAUUAUCUGUGACUUCAGGACCAGUACUGCCAGAGUUACUUUAUGUUGCUGUUGCAACCUCACAGUUCUCAGAGGUUUUUGGGCUGGUUUGUCAUUGACCUUACAUCUUUAUAUGUUCUAAUUUCACCCUCCUUGUCGCUGUGAGAAAAAGGCAGAAUAGGUGGGUAUUUCUUAAUGCACCGACCUUCAGUGCUGAGAACAAUCGUUUGUUUUAAGAAGCAGGAACAAGUUACUUAAACACCAGUGUAUGUCCAGACAUAGAUUGCUUUUUUUGCAUAUUCACUCUGGUAUAUUGAGAUUGAUGUGACAUAUAAUGCAUUAUAUACAGCAACUAAGGCUGUUACUCAUCCUUACAUUUAUUCAGCUUAUUUUUCCUGAUGUGUUGGUAGUGCAGCUUAGUUUUAAAUACACACACUAGUAAUUCGAAACAGCAUUGACUGGGAAGCUGUAGCUUCAAAAAGAAAUUAAGAUUCCUUUAAUCAUUAUGUAUUCAAAGGCUUUCUUCAUGUGGAUUCUAAACUUAAGUUUGCUAGUUCAAAACUUCUGUUACGCUUCUAAGUAUGUCAGGUUUCUCUGAAGUCUUACUUUCAGGACCUUCAGGUUUAAAAUAAGUUUUUCUGCAUAGGGUUUAAGUUCUGUCUCCCAUGAAGCAGCUGUUUGUUUUGAAUGGGGAAGUGUGGGGGCAGGAUGGAUGUAGGCAGCCAGGCUUGCGCAAUUCAGCUUCAUAUGUUUUAUGAAUUCAGCUACUAUGUUUUACAGAAAGAUUUAAGAUGAAUUAAAAAAAGACAAAACUUCCUAAUACAUAUUUCAGAAAGGCUCAGUAGUCAAACCUUUUAUUACCCAAAAGUUCUUCAUCAAAAGUCAUUUACAGUGGAAGAUAAUCAUGUUCUCUAAUCCUUGAACUGAGAUUCUCAUUUCAGCAUUGCUGCAUAAGGACAUAAAUGGCAUUCUAAGCUGAAUUUAAGUAAAUCAUUUUACACUUACACAGCUGCUAAUUUCCAUUGUAAGGGAGCAAGAAUUACACAGUAAUACAUAUCUCUGGCUGUAGUCAGACUGCUUCUUUAAUACCUAUAAAACAUUUAUUUCCAUUUCUUGGAAUAAAUUUACAGCUUAUAUUACACAUGAAAUUCCUUUGUGGAAAACACUGUUGUCUGUUAGUAAGAGCAUCCCAUAAAAGAUGCUCUGAGCACUAAAACAAAACCUUGCAUUCAUCUCGGUAACUGUACAGGAUGAGCACAGGAACCCUGCAAAGGAAACAAAAAUAAUCUUUUUAAAUUUGUGUCAGAUUCCAAUUGUAUUCUUUCAAAACAGGAGGAACUCAGAAGUCCCACCCACAAGGAAAGAGGGUCACAGUGCACUUGUGGAAACAAGUAGUGGAAACAUACUUGAACAUAUUUGUAUUUACUAUUCAGUUUGAAGAAAGCAACAAAAUAAAUAAAUGAGUGCAGUUUAGAAUUUCUUGAAAAGGCUUACGAAGUGUAGAAUUUAGAUUACCUGAAGUGAGGAUUAGAUGGUGUUAACCCCCCAUUUUGUUUCCUGUUAGCCAAAAAUAGCACUUAAAGAAACAGGCCUGAAUAUUUCUUUUUUGUACUUGGGGAGAGGGAAAGGGGAGAACAAAUGAAGAGCAGCUUAUUAGAUGAAGCUGAAAUGCAGAAAUCGAUGGGAUAUUUCAUGCACCUUUAAGAACCUAGAUUUACCUCUUCUCCAUUUUGAUACUGUAAAUUUCAUCACAGAUUGCUUGCAAGUAUGAACAUCUCUGUUUUGGCCAUCGUGACAUCAGUUGUCUUACAGUAGCAUCAAAGGCAUGUCUGGCUCCAUCAAACUAAGGAAUAAAAUGACAAGAAACUGUAGUAUUCUCUAGUGAAGGAAGUGCUUCUCUUGGAAGGAUGCAGUGUUCUGAACAGUGUAAUGUCAAUUCUCCUUAAUCAAACAGGGUAUUAAAAGGAUUUAAAUGUAAUUUAAUGCUACUUGCCUUUAUUGUUUAAGAAAAGGUGUUAAGAAUGAGGCUUUUCAGUGAUUGCUUAAGAAAGACAGUUCAGCAAACAAAGAAGCUCUGUCCUUUUAGCAGUGCUGGAUGGAACAUGAGAAUUUUAGCAUAAGGGCAGUGAAAAUUGAAUGAUACAAGCUGAUCAUGUGCCUGUUCCCUUUUUUGAAGCGAGAGAUGAUAAACUAUCUCCAUGUUUUGGAAGACUGGGUGAAAUAGGUAUUUUGACAUGUUCUUAUGUUUCACUGAAGUCUGAUGACUGUGUGAGCACUGCUUCAGAGCAGAGCAGCGUUGUGGGAGGCGUUAAAAGGAGUACUAGAUCUACAUCCUUCUAUAGGCAGGAUGUCAUUUGUGUUUUUGGGGAAGAUGGAGAGGUCUCCAACUGUAGUUAAGAACUUCUGACUUCAAAGCCACUGCUUUGUCUACAGCAUUCUUUUUUCCUAAUCAAAUAGCUUCUGAAUUGUUAAAGGGGCCUAUAUAAUACUUAUACAUCUUCUGUUUUUCUUGGCUUUACUAAGAAAAGAAGUUUCAGCUGCUGUACUCGUAUCAACUGCCUCUGUGUUUUGGGUCCUCCUUCAUAAACAGCUUCAAGAAAGAAACAACUUUGCUGAGACUGCAAGUUAAAACUUACAUGUUUUGGAAAAUACACAAGUUUGGAUUUCAGAUAACUUCUGGGAAAAAUCCAUAGCUUUGGAUUAGGAUCUCCUAAUGGUGUCUUGUGUAACUUGAGCAUUUUCCAAAAAGGUUUUUCUAGCCUCAGUUAAGCUCUCUGGGUAGAAAAUUGCUUUCAGGUUUUAAAGCCUAAUUCAAAUUCUUCAAAGGAGAACAAAUACAACAGGCAAAUUGUACGUUCAUCUAACCUACACUUCCACUAGAGUUUCAACUACAAUACUUAAUUGCUUACCUCUAAUAAUAAGAAGUGUAUCAGAGUUUCUUUUGGCAGAUCUACCUGCAGCAAUAUCAAGAAAUCAAAUAUUUAACAUUUCUAUCAUCAGUUUGCCAACUGGAGAUUAGCUGCAGUAAGGGGAGUCACUUUUUCAAUUCCAAAGAAGCACUCAUGCUGACAGUGCUAGGAAUAUACAAAGCAUUUAAAAUAAACUGGUAAAGACAGAUUCCAUAAUGGAAUGUUCCAUACAGGUGCAGGCAAAUAGGAAGUACUUUUUUCUUGAAAAGCAUACACCAAAGUCUGAAAGCCAUAUACAACAGCUGGAUCAGUUUAACUGUAAGAACAAAUCUGGCAGGAACAAGUUACUAAAUUACCACAACAGGAUAAGUACAGCUUAAGACCUUACAACUAAGUACUUGUUCCAUUUUGGUGUGUACAAUUGGACAUUACAAACAGUCUGAGAUACUUCUCAAGGAUUAAAGAUGCACAACGUGGCCAAGAGUUUCUUUGGUUAAUUUGCUGUCCCUAAUGCAAGGCUUGUAGUAGCAAUUUCUUCCAGAUGCAUCAUUGAAUUCGAUUACAGAUUUGAAAUUAAUUCAAGCUUUUGCCAAAAUACUUACUGCCAAAAUCUCAAUUUCACUUGUUUUCUGUUGCAAGCUAGAAACAAAUGUCUGCAGUCUUGUUUGCACCUGUCAACAAAAGAUGGCCAAAAGUAAUUCACUGCUUUUGUGACCCAGGUUGAAAACAACUGUUCUCUGUUUCAUAGAUUAUGAGAACAGAAGAGGCUGCUUCUAGCAUGAGAUGCAGAACUACACAUUUAAACUAAAAUUCACCGUCAGUAUCACUUUCAGUAACAUCCACACCAAACCUUGAUAAAUAGACAGGAAGGAGACUGGGGCUGAACAAUCUUGCUGUAAUGAUACAGAUUUGGUAGUAGCAGUACUGCACUAAAGCAGACUGGGCUGCACAUUAGGUUGUGAAGCCUGGUAUAUGAAGUUACAAGCUGCCUUUCUGGCCAUUAGGUGAGAACCUAUGACUGCAGGGCACAGCACAGUAUGGCUCGCUCUUCUUCAUACUUACAUACAUCAAGUAUCUAUACGUACACAGCUAUACAGCUAGCAAGCAAGCUACGAUAAUUUUGCAAAGGUAGCAUUUUAUAGAAACACUUGCAGCCUUACAUUAAUAUUGUCUUCUGUACUCUAAUAUCUUGAAGCCACUCACUGUAAGUAAGCAGACUGAUAAUUGUAUUGUCACAUCGUGCAAUCUUUUUACAUUACGAUAAUACUGUAUUUCAGAGGCUUAAUUCUUUAUACUUAUUGGGCACACGUGUACCUGAAUUUCUUGGCGACGUCUGGCACUGGCAGAUAACUUCUCAGGAGCUAUAACACUGACAUUAGGCACUACAAGAGUUCCAUGCGACUCAAAUGCACCUAAAAUGUAGAGUUUUACAUUAUAUUCUCUCAUAAUAGGAAAAAAAAGUAGCGAGAAACAGAAAAUUCACCAAUAAGCUUAACAUGUAGUGCAGGAUUUAAAAAGCUGCUAAAAAGUACAGUUAAUCAAGCCCAUUGGAGGUGAAAUAAGCAUAUACGUUCUCAAAAUGCAUGCCUAUGACUGUGAAAGGCUGGCUGAUGUGAAUAAAAAUUUGAUAUCUUAUGUCAAGAAAGUGCUGUACUAAAAGGUUCCAAAUGGCUUACAGAAUUUAUAAAAGAACUUAGUAUACACAGUUAUCAACAAAGGAAAGCUAUUAUAAGAUUGAAGAAACGAUUUAAUGCACAGACCCAGGAGAAAGUUUGUUUUAAUUCACUUUGAAACAUGUUUGAGAGUAGGGGGAAGUGUUUCUGAGAAGAUGCACUGCUAGAAAAUGUGUCCCUAUGCUGACCUUGGCAAUACUUGCAGAAUGUAUGAUCCAGCAAGAUCUUCUAACAGAACUCAACACAAAGAGAAAUCAUUUUCAGUGAUUUAUUAAGUGGAGAAUAAAUACCUGAACUAUUAGCGAAUGAUCCCUUUUGGUUUGGUACUGAGAGGUUAUCUGAGGUUUCUCUGAAAGUUAACAAGGACAGUUAAGGAAACAAAUUAACAAUAAUGAAGGCAUGCUCUGAUAACACAUGGUUUCAGGCUGUGGUUCAUGCACACUUAUUUCAUUCCAACAGAUAAAUUUAUGUUUUGUUCUGGAACAGACAGGAACUCAUACAGGAUUACAUUAGCAAAUUUGAUGCAUCAGGCCCAGCAAACGACAAAUGACUGUAUUGCUAUUGUAUUGGACUACUGCUUGUCAACAGCACAGCAACCUUUGUGUUAACUUUAGCUACAAACAGCUGUGCUGCCCACGAUUCAAGAGUGAUUUAGAUCCUAAUGCUAGAAUAUAUUAAGAAAAUUUUGUCUCUAAAUCGUUAACUUAAUCAACUCAGAUUUCUGAGAGUUGAUACUGGUGAUACCAGAAUACCAAAGCAGUAUUUACGCUUGAGAUCUUACAAAUCAAAAUAAACUUUUGAUUAUUUGGAUCCAUUUACUUUGACAGUACUACUAUGAUUGUAAUUGUUGCAUUUUUAUUAUUACCAAAUAUGAUUUUUUCUCUGUAUUCUGCUCCCAGGAUCUAAAGGUAGUCUUUAGAAAGUAUGCUUUUCUUUCACAGCAUGAAAGAAUAUAUAGAUCCUACAGAUCUGCCAAAACACAUGAGAACGAGGUUAGUUGCAAAAUGCCACAACUGGCAGAGGCCAGAUAAAGGAAGAAUGAGGAGGUGGGCAGAUGUCAUCCACCUGUACACAACAUUUUUGAGUUACGCAUUUCAUAGCUUAAAGAUUUUCUCUACCGUUAAUUCAGAAAUAUUACGGAUAUCCAAUCUGUUGGCUUAUUCAUAUAAACUAGAAUUCAGACACUCCUCCUGCUAUCACUACCGUAUUUACAUACACAUGUACAUAUAUGUAAUACAAAUGUAUAAAUCAGUGUUCCAGCAUAUAUUUUAUAAAGUCUAUGCGUAACAGCUCUACUGCUUGUGCACAGCAGUGUAACUGUUGCCUUUCCUGUGAUUUCUGCAUUGCUGUUCAGCACAACAAAGAGUAAUUUCAGCAAAGACACACAGUCCUGCUGCACACCCUGAGUCUUGGCCAGGUGUUACUUUCACGUGUGCCAGUCUAGGUAUGCAGUUGUGCUGGAGUCACACAUUCAUUUUUACCCUAUUAGCACUGCCUCAAAAUGAGAGGGACCUGCUGCUUAAAUUCAAUUACAGAGUGCAUGAAUGUAAAUCACUUCUAGUCAGUAAUGGGAACUUGCAGGCAGUCCUGCCAUACAAAUGAUACUGCUGUUUUAGUUUCAUUUGAGCUGGAUGGAUACAUACAUAGUCUUCUAAUUUGAGAAGCACUAACCAUGUUUCAGUAUAACAGCUUCUAGGGAAAUCAGUCUCUUAAUAAUAAAAUUCUGUAGCUAAGCCUUUUGCUUUCUUCUCCCCUCAAAAAAUCAGAAAGAAAUCAGUAAAGCUCAUGUUCUGUGUUGAGUACUACCAAGGUUUAACUGAGUAUAUAAUUAUUUCAUUAAGAAAACCAUAUUUAUGUCUUUACUUUGCGAAGAAUUUUUUUUUACUUACCUACUACAUCUUUCAUCACAGAUUUUAGUUUUCAGUUUCUGGACCAGGUGAUCUACUAAGUCAGAUUCAAAAAUCCUUUUCUCCGUCUGUCUGUCUUUCUCAAAGGAUUUCACCUAUGAUGUAUUUCAGUGAGUCUUAAUGUUGUUUCUUAAAGCAGCAUAUGAAUAAAUGUCUCAAGACCAAACUGGGUUAUUCACCUAUUAAAGGUGAAGCAGUCAAAUGGAAGAAGCUGUCAUCAUUAGCAAUCAAUCACUGUCCAUUAAAUCUUUGACUUCUAUAUAUUUUCAACCAACUAAUCUACUCCACAUUCCCAAAGCUUAAACUAUCUCAUCUACUUUUAUCUCAUAUGUGAUAGAUGACAUUGAACAAAAUGGUUCAGAGGUGCAGAUACCAUAUUAGUAAGAACUUAUUAGGUUUGGGGCUUUUCCUUUUUUUUUUUUUUUUUUUUUUUUAACAUUCUAGUACUUAGCAGCCAAAUCUACAUUUACUUGAAUUCCAUCUACUGAAAUAUUUGAUAGAAAAAUGAAAUGUUCAUGAUCCUAAGAAAUAAAAAAUACAGAACAGAUUUAUCAACCUGAAACACUACUGAAUGUCCUCUGAUACCACGCUUACCUUUACAUGACUUCCUUCUUUGUCUGAUACAAGAGCUACGUAUGUAAUCCCAGAACAUCUGCAAUACUCCUGCAGUUCUUCCUGGGACUGAAAUAGGAAAAGGGAAAGAGGAAUGGGAUGCAAAUUUAACAAAUUUAAACUGAUCACUUAAAUAAUCAGUUUCCCGUCUUCAGUUACAAUAACUUUAUAUGCAGCAGUUACAUUCAAUAUGAAAAGUUCGGAGCGAGGAAAACUUUACUAACAAGUCCAGGAGAUGAAACUUAAUUUUGCAUGGAUACAUUCACCUAACAUUCUCUAAGAAUCAAAAUUUAAGUCUAUACUCUAGGCAAAAUGUAAGUCUAAGCCCUGCAGUCCCAGUUCCUUCACAGAACGUUGGUUGGAUCCACUUUCUGGGCAAGGCAUGCUCACCAGCACAACACCGCUCCCAGCUAUCCAGCCCUUUCAGCAAGGCAGCACUGGGGUAAAUGACUGUUUCCUCUUUGCCAUCUGUCCUCCAAAAGGAAUCAUUAGUAACAGAAGAUAAGUGAAAUGCAGUCCAGUCUCCUUUCAGCAUAGGUAAAGAUGCAAGGAUGUACGCCUGCAAUGUACAGCUGCCUUCACUGUAGACUAUAAAUGCCUUUAAUGUGUUUCAACAGAUUUAGAAGAUAACUGGAACCAACCAAGGUCUAUUUGGAGAUCCAUUCUGUUCAGAUCACCUCUUUCAUUGCCUUCACUGGUACAAAAUAUGCUUAAAUUAGGCCAGUUAGCUCUCAUUUAAUUUAUUCUGUGACUUUCCCCCUUCAUUCUAAUACACCUUGGACUCUACACUCAGUUUAUAACCACGGAAGGUCACUUAAUUCCACUGUGCUCUGAGGAGUUCUCCUACACAUUUUUAAAAGGUCUGGUAGCUGAAGAGCAUGCAAGGACAGUGAGAAUCUACCCAAAUAGCAACCUGCAUUUUCAGUUUUCUGAAUUUGUGAUUCAAUUACAACUAAUCUUAAAAAAUUGAAAAAGGAUGGUCUCAGCCUGUGCUAAUCUUAGAGAACAGCAACAUAAUUAAUACAUGUAGAUAGAAAUUCUACCUGGGACCAGUCAUACAUUAUUUCAGCUGGAAUUCCUGCAGUCCAAAGUUUCUGAACAAUAUUGAUAGCUCUCCCCAUUGACAUCUGACCAACACUUACAACCAGCAAGUCACAUGAGCUGACAGAAAUCUGGAAGAAAAGUAAGAACAAGGGGGACAAUAUUAGCCACCAGACCAUUUCCAGUUUAUUAAUGGAGUUAAAAGUAACUAAGAAGGAUGCAUUUUUCAAAAUGUAACAACCUGCAAAAGGUGUUAGAUCACCUCUUUCUAAAGCCACCGGAGCACAUGUGGAAGGUGCUGAAGCUUACUCUGACAACAAGCAACUGCAAAGCCUCAGCCUACAAAAGCCUCCCAGCCUAUUCUGUUCUUCCCUUCCCAAUGAACUUAGCAAUGUUAAUUUAUUCUUACAAAAAAAUAGUUAAUGAAAUAACAUAUUCCACAACCAAAUGAAAUUGUGUGACAUCCAAAGUCCAUUUUCUUAAAGUUCCUUCUUGGAAGAGGCAAAAUAAGAAUAGCUGAAUAUCUACAGUUGUAUUCUUUCAUCUGAAACAGCAUUUAAGCUGAGGAAAGGCCCAUUACAUUAAAAAGUUCUAAAACUGAAGAUUGCCUGUUCCCUUGCUUCACUAAAUAAUGCUAUGUGUAGACAUGGAAGAAAACAAGUCAACUUGAUGUUUGCUGUUUCAGAAUGGUUUUUUGGAUCACAUCUGAAUCUGUUAUUUUUUGCCCAUCUGUGGUUACAGGUAAGUUACUGUCAGAAGUAAGCAAACAAACAUUCCCAUCUCCCCAGCACCAAACUUACAGUAUCCUCCAUACUGGAAACAGCAGCAGUUAUUUUAUCUAUAGCUAUGCUGACUCCAACAGCUGAAGGCACCGGUCCUACUGCCUGCGGUCCUCUAAACUGUGGGAUCUGAAGAUAAAAAAAAAAAAGACAAAACUAAAGAACCAAAUAGUUAUCUUUGGAAAAUGUCAGAAAGAUUUUUCAUUUUUCACUUCUUUGUGUUCUUUUUUCCUAUAAAUUCAUUAAGAGAUGUACACAUACCAGAUGAUCAUAUCUGCCCCCGGCAGCAAGAAUUUCAGGCACAGUUCUUUGCCUUCUUUUGAUGUAUGCUACAAACUGGAAGAUGAUACCGUUGUGUUGCUGUAUUUUGUAAACUAGUCCCAGAUUUAUGGAAAUCUGUAAAAUAAAAAUGCAUAAGUGAACAAUUCCUCUAC